AUGCCGAGCUUAGGAGGCCUGUUGAAGAAGCGGCGUACAAAGGACUCGCAGACCUUGUCCAAGGAGCUGCCCACAACUAAUACUGACAGUUCCGAUCAUUCGUCUUCCAACCCGGACUCUACCCCGGCGAAGGUUGAAGGACAAGGCGCCCCCAUGCAAUCCGCCGUGACAUCGCAAGGAUCCCAGCACCAGGCCCAAUCCUCCAACAAUGCCGCCAGCAUCAACAACCUCAUAAAUAGCCCGGCCAAUGCCGGCUCGAGUACUCAGUCCCCCGCCCAGAAUGCGAAUGCGACACCCAAUGCGCAACAGCCCCGCCAGGAGCGCACCACCAGGGGCAAGUAUUCACAGGAGGACUUUCAGCUGCAGCGCACAUUGGGAACUGGUAGCUUCGGUCGCGUCCAUUUAGUUCAGUCCAAGCAUAAUCAUCGCUUCUAUGCCAUGAAGGUGCUGAAGAAGGCCCAGGUGGUCAAAAUGAAGCAGAUCGAGCACACCAACGAUGAGCGACGAAUGCUCAAUCGCGUUCGUCAUCCGUUCUUGGUGACUCUAUGGGGAACCUGGCAGGAUUCCCGAAAUCUGUAUAUGGUCAUGGACUUUGUGGAGGGUGGUGAGCUGUUUAGCUUGCUACGAAAAUCACAACGCUUUCCAAACCCAGUUGCCAAGUUUUAUGCCGCGGAAGUAACUUUGGCUCUGGAAUAUCUGCAUCAACACCAGAUUAUUUAUCGUGAUCUCAAACCAGAAAAUCUUCUCCUGGAUCGCCAUGGUCACUUGAAGAUUACAGAUUUCGGUUUCGCAAAAGAUGUACCUGAUAUCACUUGGACUCUGUGCGGAACUCCGGAUUACCUUGCUCCGGAAGUAGUCUCCUCAAAGGGAUACAACAAAUCAGUAGACUGGUGGUCCCUGGGAAUUCUCAUUUUCGAAAUGCUGUGCGGAUUCACUCCAUUCUGGGACAGCGGAUCCCCAGUAAAGAUCUACGAAAACAUUUUACGCGGCAAGGUCAAGUACCCACCAUAUCUGCAUGAUGAUGCCGUGGAUCUCCUCUCCCAGUUGAUCACAGCCGAUCUCACCAAGCGCUUGGGUAAUCUACACGGAGGACCAGAAGAUGUUAAGAGCCACGCCUGGUUCGCAGAGGUCACUUGGGACCGCCUGGAGCGCAAGGAUAUCGAUGCUCCCUAUAUUCCUCCUAUCCGCGGCGGACAAGGAGACGCAAGCCAAUACGACAAAUAUCCCGAAGAGACUGAGCACUAUGGCAUGGAGGGAGAAGAUGCAUAUGGCCAUCUCUUCCCCGACUUCUAA